AUGAGUGCGCUCGUCUGUUUGGCGCCUAAGACCCCAGCGAUAACAGCGGUGGAGGCGAUAGGACCCUUGGGACCCAUUAACUGGUCGUCUCCGAGCUUCUGCAGCUCUGCAAGAACUGAAGGAGGCAAGCGGAUCGUUGAACGAGCUGUGGCUGAGCGUCGCGUCACCUUCUUGGAGCCCACGUCUACCAUAUGCGGGGACGUGCCGUCACGACUCACACAAGAAGCCAGCCAGACCACGCAAGUGCCUGCUUCCUCGCCUCUCGCCCGCACUCCACUCCCAGUCCACGCAGCUUCUCGACCGAUGGCGAUGGCUCAGCUUGCUUCAUCUACGCCCAGUGGCGGCGCCAGCUCCGGCCCCACGUCCACGCACAAGACGGAGAUCCAGACGCUACUGGGCCAGUUCGACGCGCAGAUCAACUCCAUGAUGGACUACCCGGCCAAGGACACGAUCAACGCGCUGACGAUGCUGGCCGAGCGCUCGCAGCUCGCGCCUGAGAUUGUUAGCUUCCUGGAGACCAAGAUCCACCGGGUCGCGCCUAAUUGCAAGCUGCCAAUCUUUUACUUAACGGACUCCAUCCUCAAGAACGUGCGUGGCCCGUACGUCGCGCUAUUCGCCGCCAAGAUCGUGCCUCUCUACUGCAACUGUGUGCGUCAGGUGUCGGGCAAAGACCUCAAGCGCUUCAUUCAUGUGCUCAACACGUGGGAGACAACGCGGUUGUUUAACGCCGACGCCAUCGCGCAGAUGCGCAGCGCCGCGAACCGCGCCAUGCAACAAGCGGAUCCAUCGACUCGGUCGGUGCCUGCCAGUAUUAAUCAAGAAAAGUCGACGCAACAGUCGAGGGCCAAGCUGGCUCAGCAACAACAAGACAUGGAGCUGCGCUCGCUGCUCACGAAGCUUCAGAACGACAUGGGGAUCCACCCGACCGAGCACAUGAGUCUUGAGGAACUACUCAAGCGCAAGCAACGCGCUCCUUCCCCUCCUCAGCCAGUCCAAGAGAUCACUAACGACCCACCUCGAGCUCCUGACGCUGCUGCCGUCAUGUCGAUUCUUCAGAAACUCAAGGGGUUGUCCAAUGGCGGCUCGUCGAACCCACCAGCUCCUCCUGCUCAGCCUCAGAUACCGCAGCAGCCACAACAACAAGGAGAGCAGAUGCCACGCAGUGAUAAUGCCUCUCGGAUGUGGUUCAGUGACAAGAUUGUGGCUCACAAAGACCGUGUCGAGUCCAACGUCCAGAAGCUGUAUGCCGCCUUACCGCUUGUGUGUCGUGCGAGUGGACUACGCUUCCGUGAACAAGCUCAACUGGACGCCCAUCUGGACUUCCUCUUCCAGUAUAACCGUGCCCGUAAAGAGCGAGGCAAAGGAGGCGUGUCCAGAUCAUGGUAUCCGGAUGAAGAUCAGUGGGUGGCCGACUUCUCGGGAGACACGGCACCGCGUGAAAGCACCAGUAGCAGCUUCUUCGACAGAACGCAGAAGGAGAACGAGAAGAACGCAGGAGAGCAGGCUUCAUGGGAGAACGCCAGUGUGCCAGUGGACGAGACGAUCACACGCUGUCGGAUCUGUGGCGAGAACUUUUCAAGAAGUUGGGAUGAGGAAGAGGAGGACUGGAUGUACACGAACGCGGUGGCUGGCACGAUUCAUAACACUGGACCUGGAGGAGACGAGCAGCAAGAGACGAUCUUCCACAAGUACUGCUACGACACAGUGAUGGCCAACUCGAAACACAUUACACCGGCGCAUUUGAUCCCUGCAGAACGAGAUGUAGCCAUCAAGGGGGCGACGAGCUCCGAUGAUAGUAUGAAUGGUGGCGGAGUGAAGCGAACAUUGGAACAGGACGACAGUGAUAGUGAUGGGGAUGAAGAUGUGAAACGCGUGAAGACAGACUGAGUUUUUGAAGCUGGACGUGUCACAGAAUGCGGAUAUAGUGCGACGUUCAGACCCAUUUCUUCGCUUGGCAGAAAUCAACUGCGCAACAUUUUUUCCCAUUAAAUAUGACACUUUAGUCUUUGACUUGCUACCAAA